AUGGUUUCCAAGAAGCAAAUAAGGCUGAAGAGCCUUUCAAGUGGCCGCCCGCCAACUGUCAAGUCCUCACGGUCAAUGUCUAGGAAAGCGAGCAGGAGUCUCAUCAACACUCAUCACCAACUGGAAAAACAACGUCGGCAAGCUGCAGCCAAGGGCGACACGGUCACCGAAACUCGCCUUGCCUCGGAGAUUGCCAAGCUGGGUGGUCUUGACCACUAUCAGAAGGCUAGUUUGCAAGGUCAGAGUCUCGAUAGAGGAGGUGACACGUCAAGAGUGCUUCUGGAAUGGCUCCCCGUGGCAGAUCUCAAGAAGCGUGCUCGGCCGUUUCAUAUGCUGGAGGUUGGGGCAUUGAGCACUCGUAACGCAUGCUCAACAAGCGGUAUCUUUACUAUGAGGCAUAUCGAUCUCAACAGCCAGGAGUCAGGCAUCACAAAGCAAGAUUUUAUGGAGCGCCCCCUACCCAAAGACGAUUCUGAGGUGUUCGAUAUCAUCUCUCUGAGUCUAGUGCUCAACUUCGUGCCCGAGGCCGAGGGGCGUGGACAGAUGCUUCUUCGGACUCUCUCCUUUCUUCGACCUGCAGCUGAACCUGCAACUGGUUCUGACGAACCGUUUCCCUGCCUUUUUGUGGUUCUACCUCGCAGCUGUGUUGACAACUCACGAUACUUCACAGAAACUCGCUUCGAGGAGUUGAUGACGAUUCUCGGCUAUGUAUGUACCAAGACCAAGAUGACUCAGAAAUUGGCAUAUACUCUUUGGAAAAGGAUCGAGACCGUCUCCGAAAAGCGGCCGGACUUUACCAAGAAGGAAGUCAAUCCAGGACGGACACGGAACAAUUUUGUCAUGACGCUCAAAGCUUCAACGAGUCAUUCAAACUGA